AUGAAGGAGCUGAAGGAGUACUUCUCCCAGUUCGGGUCUGUGCAGAGGUGCCAGCUGCCGUUUGACAGAGAUACAGGCUUUCACAGACGUUAUUGCUGGAUUAAAUUCUCAACUCCACAGGAUGUUCAGAAUGUGUUUCAGAAGGAAUCCCACAUACUUGAAGGUGCCAAGCUUGAUCUCAAACAGCAGCCCCAUAGAAGACGCAGUCAAAGAAGGAGUCCGAGUGAGUGA